CUCAACACAAGCGCUGCCAAGUGGACUUGCAGAUACACUCGCAAACUCAGGUCUAAGAGCCAUGAAGGUCCUUGUUGUGCUCGUCCUUGCCGUUUUCACUGGCUGCAAUGCCAACCUCUUCUAUGCUGAUGCACCCAAGCCACAGCUGGAGGUGCUGACUGACGCUUUCUGGGACUAUGUUGCCAAGGCCACCCAGACAGCUGAUGACACCGUCCGGAUGAUCAGGAAGUCUCAGUUUGGACAGGAUGUCAGUGCCCGUUUGACAGAAAGUGCCGAUGUCGCCAACAAGUACGCAGUCAGCCUCCAGGAACAGCUUCCUCCUGCAGCCCAGGAUCUGAUCACCAAAGUCACCACAGAGGCCGAUGUGCUGAAAGAGCGUCUCACCCAAGAGAUUAGCACAGUCAGGGUGAAACUGGAGCCCUUCACCGAGGACAUGAAGGCCCAGAUCCAGCAGAGAGUUGAUCAGCUCAAGCAGGAGUUGGCCCCCUACGCAGACUCCCUGGACUCCGAGGCCCUGAGGGCCACCCUGAUGCAGAAGAGCGAGGAGCUGAAGAUCAGCCUGGAGCAGAGUGUGAAGGAUCUGCAGGCUCAGAUGGGACCCUACACUGACGACCUGAAGGUGAAAGUGGACCAGCAUCUGCAGGACUUCAAGGAGCGUGUGGCCCCCGUGACCGAGCAGGUCCAGAGUGAGCUGACUCAGAGAGCCCAGCAGGUGAAAGAAAUUGCCACCCCCUACGUUGAUGAGCUGAGGGAGAGGCUGGACCCCUACGCCCAGGACCUCCAGGCCCGUCUCACCACCCUCUACGAGUCCUUUGUCAAAGCCAACUAAGUCAAUCUCCACCUCAUGUUUAACAGAAAGAAACUGCAUCUAAAGAAACACAGUUCUCUGAUUUCAGGGACACAUCCAUGUUGUCAACAAUAUGACGACACAAGCUCACCAUUUUUGUGAUAUCAAGAUGUCUAUAGCUAUAUUUACAGUGUUAAAAAUAGAUAAAUUAUAAACAUUGAAUGUUGGUCUGUGACCACAGUGUUC